UGCGUGUUUGGUCCUAGUUGCUCCCUUUUCCCCUUCCCCGUCACUAUGGCGUUCACUCUCUACUCGCUGCUCCAGGCCGCGCUGCUCUGUGUUAAUGCUGUCGCCGUGCUUCAUGAAGAACGUUUCCUCAACAAGAUUGGCUGGGGAACAGACCAGAGCAUUGGUGGAUUUGGAGAAGAGCCAGGGAUUAAAUCACAGCUCGUAAAUCUAAUCCGAUCUGUACGAAUGGUGAUGAGAUUACCGUUAAUAGUACUGAACUCCAUAACCAUUAUACUCUUGUUACUUUUUGGAUGAAGAAAUGCAAAAGGACGUCAGUGCUGUCCCCUGGAAAUUUGCAGCACGUUUUAUUGUUUAACUUCAUGAUCUCCUGUGAAGUUCCUUUGAACUGUAGUAAAGACAAACAUUGCAUAAUUCAGACUUUUGUAGAUAAAAAAUAAAAGAAAAUGGGAUCAAUGCAAAAAAUAAUUUCAAUUUUUCAAUGUACUGUUCCAAUUAAACUGGAAAUUUACAGUUCUGAA